AUGUGCAGAGCCGGCAACCAUUACCGAGUAUCGAGAAUGUUACAAUAUGUACCGGAGCAUCUGCACCUGCUUGUUAUUGCGGAAGCAUUAGGUGCUGAUACAUUUGCGCAGACCCGGAGCUCUUGCAGUAUUCUACAUUCCGAAGUACGCCCAGCAGGACCUAAAGGGAAGCGCGUUCGGUGGGAGGCAGAUGAGCACGAGACGAUAGACGCAAGCAGCGAUUCAGGUACAGUAUUCUACAAAACUCAAAAAGUAUUGGGUUUCUUGAGACCAGAAAGAGCAUCAGAUUGA